CAUUACGCACACACACACACUGCAGUAACUUUUUAUUACCACCAGGAGGCAUUACAGUACCUUCAAUUUCACUCUGGUCCACUUUAUUCCCCAAGCCUGAGUUUCAUCACAUCACAGAGGUGUUUAAAGCAAAUAAGAGAGAGAAGAGAGGUAAAGGAAGGAGAGACAGAGGGAGGGAGGGAGAGAGAGAGCGGUGAUGUAUGAGGCGAGGCAGGUGCUUUUUUCUCCUCUCCUCUUCCUGGAGUGCUCAUUUACAUUUUUGUCUCUGGUUCCUCUCUGGUUCCUCUGCGGUUCCUCCUCCUGGGUGAGAAGAUGGGAUCUCCAGUCAUUUCUCUCAUCCUCUCCUGCACUCUGCUGCUCUCCUUCUCAGUGUCUCACUCUCAGACACACAACGACACGGAGCCUGUGGUUCUGGAGGGUAAAUGCCUGGUGGUGUGUGACUCGAAUCCGUCCUCUGAUGGGGGUGUCACGUCCUCGUUCGGGAUCUCAGUGCGCGCUCCAGGGGCAAAAGUGGCAUUCUCAGCCAUCAGAGGGACGAACCAUGAACCAUCCGAGAUGAGCAACAAGUCCAUGACCAUCUACUUUGACCAGGUUCUUGUCAACAUUGGCCACCAUUUUGACCUGAAAGCAAGUGUGUUCCAGGCACCGAGACGUGGCAUUUACAGCUUCAGCUUUCACGUCGUCAAGGUCUACAACCGACAGACCAUCCAGGUGAACCUGAUGCACAACGAAUACCCAGUCAUAUCUGCGUUCGCAGGAGAUCAGGAUGUGACACGUGAAGCGGCGAGUAACGGCGUUCUUCUGCUUCUGGAGCGAGAUGACCGACUCUACCUGAAGCUGGAGAGAGGAAACCUCAUGGGAGGAUGGAAAUAUUCCACCUUUUCUGGAUUUCUUGUCUUCCCGCUCUGAUUUCCACGUCAUCCAUGACGGAAUCCUGCUCCUUUAAUCCCACUGUACUGCACAUUAACAAAGGCUUCACUAAUGUGUGCACUGCAAGUGGAUUUAAGGAGCUCAGGGUUCUAAUUUAAAGCAGACAGCAGGUUGUUUUUCACUCUAAUCUCUUGGUACUGUAUCUUAAUGGAAGUCCACCCUGCCUUCACACCAGCUGGUGAGGAGUCUGUCAUGCUUGUGUAGUUUGUCUCUUGUAGGUGUAGCCUCUUGUAGGUGUAGCUUUAAAUUCCAGUAGUAGCUAUAUGGUAGCAUCUAAGUGUGGCCAGUUAAUCAGAAUGAAAGCAGUGGCUUGAUUUACGUCUUACAUGUUGACUUUGUUCUCAGAUUAUUCAGACUGCUGCUUCACAUCAUAACUAAUGAUCACUGAAAUCACAGCUCCAUCACUUUGUGUGUGUACAGAAAAAAUGUAAAAGCCGCUGAUGUGUCAUUAAACAUUAAUCCUGUAAAGAGGGAAUAAUUUGUAGUUGUGUGUCUCUGAUGGCAAAGGAAUACCACAGAACCUUGUGUUAAGCAACCACAACUGCUUUUUACUGUAUUAAUGGAAUGUUUAAAGAUAAAAAUCAGCUUUGGUAAGAUUUUCUUUCACAUCUGUCUGCUCCCGUGGAACAUCUGCAGAUUUUAAUUAGAUUUUUUUUUAAUGUUUUAUUUUUUAUUUUCACAUAAUUAAAAAAAUUUACUCAGUAAAGUAGCCCAACAUCUGCCCUCAGACCUCCAGACUACUAUUCUCAGCGGAUGGAGAUUAGAGUGGAAAAUGCUGGCGACCUCUUAAACGGCUUCAACUGGAGACCUUCCUAAUGACGUAAAGAACCUGGUGAUCAUCAAGGUUUUUGUGUCAUUAUCAGGUUUGAAACCAGACUCUUUAGGAAACUGAAGGACAGAAGAUCAUGAUGAUCAUGAAGAGCAUGAGGACAUUAUCCAAAAGGAAGUCAUGUUGUUUUAUCAAAAACAGCUUGUAAGUUUCACCUUUUUAAUUCUCUAAGAUUCAGGAUUUUAAAGCCUGAGAAACAUAAGUAUGUGUAAAGUAUUGUAAAGAGGCUUGUGCAUAAACACAGUGUAGGAAUGGGUUUGAUUAUUUUGUACUGAAAAGCACGGAUUCUGUUGCAUGCUACGUGAUUUGUUCAGUUUGAUUCACUCGUCAUCUUUAAUUAAGUAAACUAUACGUCCAUUGUAUGACUUGAAAUACAGAAAAAUGUAAAUAGCUGAUGAUUAUCAUGCCAAAAACAUGUCACUGACUAUUGUCAGCUUUAUUUCUCAGUAAACAGAAACACAAAUGCAACACGGCUUAUAUUUGUUCUUGUUUUUUUUUUCAUUUAUAGACCAUAUAGAGAAUAAAACUUGACUUGAUCAUCUGUUUUCUUGUGCAGAAUGUCUUGUCUCAGAGUAUCAGCACUAAACUCUAGAAGAUCUGAACAUUCUGUAGUUUCUUUAUUCUAUUUAUCUUGUAACAAGUCAUUGUUUAGUUGUAUAUGUUUUAUGUAUAAAUUAUUAGUAUUAUUUUAGUAGUGACACAAAGCUGUUUCUCAAAAUAGAAGUAAACACAUUUAAUUAGCAGCUGAUGCUAAGCAUAAAUGAGGUGCCAUACAAACUUUAGCCAUACAAAGUCUUUUUUAGUGUUUUGCCAACACAUCUGAAGUAAAUGUUGAUGUUUCAGAUCAGUUUGUGUCCCUUAUUACAGUUUCUA